CCCUUUGUGAUAUUUGGCCACGGUAAAGCCAUUCAUCGGAUGGAUCUUGAUGGCAAGAACCAGCAGAGACUUGUGGCUGGGGUGGGAAGCUCAAUCCUGCUGGACUUCCACUUCCAAGAAGAGAGAAUUUACUGGGCUGACACACAUACGGGGAUAAUCUACAAAACAUCUGUGAGAGCAGCACUGAGACAGAAACUGCAUUCGUCUGACAAACAUAUCUCAGGCCUUGCUGUUGACUGGAUUUGGAACACUGUAUACUGGACGAGUGACGCAAAGGGAAAGAUCAGGCGAAUGGAUUUAAAUGGAAAAAAUGAAAGAAUUCUGUUAAGACACUUAACCCAACCACGUUUAAUUGCCAUUGAUCCCAACAGCAGGUUUCUCUUUUGGCUGUCUGGUGGAACAAGACCAAGCAUCCAAAGAUCGGAUUUGAAUGGACAUAGGCGAAUUACGCUAAUUAAGGUAGCGGAAGAACUGAAAGCACUGACUGUUGACCGGAAGGAUAAACGACUGUUCUGGAUUCAGUUUGGUCUGCAAGGAGAAAGUGCUAUUGUCUCGUGUGACUACAAUGGGAACAUCCUGCACAUAAUAGAUCAGCAACUUCGGUCUGAGUCAUUGGCAGUGUCAGUUUUUCUGGACCAGUUAUAUUACACGGACACUACAUCUCGGGCUGUCAAACAAGUCAACAAGUACAUGGGUGGAGAACCAAAGAAUGUCAACUUAAAACAAUUGGCUAAACCCCCAGUUGGCAUCAUGGUGGUACAUCUGCUCAACCAACCCACAGCAGAAUCCCUGUCACCAUUUUCAGGUUGUGACGAAGAGAGCGGCAAAUGUGUAAAUGUUUGCUCCAACGUUGCUGAACGAGGAGUCUGCCAGUGUACUGAAGGCUUUGUUCUCAAUAAGCAAGGCAGCUAUUGUGAAGAUGUGAAUGAAUGUGCGCUUUGGAACCAUGGAUGCUCUCUUGGUUGCGAAAAUGUUCCAGGCUCAUAUUUCUGUACCUGCCCCAAAGGUUAUGCCCUCCUGCCCGACAAGAAGACGUGUCGAGAGAUCUUACCAUGUGAUGGCAAUAUGACCAAGUGUGGCAAUGGAUGCCUUGUAACAGAUGAGGGCGCUGUCUGCCUGUGUCCUCAGGGGUCCAUAUUAAGGGAGGACGGACAAGCCUGUACUGGCUGCUCGUCUGCAGACAGAGGGGGCUGCAGUCAGCUCUGCACGCCUGUCACGUCCAGCAGUUGGCAGUGUGGUUGCCUGCCUGGUUACCAGCUCCAGCAAGAUGGCAAGUGCUGCAUGGCCACUGGACAGGAGCCUUAUCUACUUGUUGCCGAUCUAGUGGAUGUACGACGAGUUAACCCUGAUGGCACCAAGGAUCAAAUCCUUGUGGAGGAGCCCAGAGGAGCAUUCAUAGCUUUGGACUAUGACCUUGUCCAAAACCAUGUGUACUUUGCAAGUACUUUCCAGAAGACAAUUGAACGGACUGAUCUGAAUGGUGGGCCAAGAGAAGUUCUGGUCUCACAGGGUUUGGGCUCUCCAGAAGGACUGGCAGUGGACUGGGUCCACCGAAGGAUGUACUGGACAGAUUCAAGUCAGUCAAGGAUUGACUGCAGUACCACAGGUGGACUAAAGAGGGAAACUAUUGUCAGCAAAGGGCUGCAAAAACCAAGAGGAAUCACUGUUCACCCGCUGGCAAAGAAGAUCUACUGGACUGACAUAGGUGUCCAGCCUGUGGUGGAAACUGCCUCCCUGGAAGGUAAAGACCGUGUGGUCAUUGCUAGAGCCAACCUCAAGUCACCCAGCGGCCUGACCAUAGAUUUCACAGAAGAUCGUCUGUUCUGGUGUGACCAGAGUACAGGGCGGGUGGAGACCACUGCCCUGGAUGGCUCAGACCGUCGGAUCCUCUUAGAGAACCAAGUAGGGCGACCUUUUGACCUUGCAGUAUUUGAAGACAGACUGUGGGUAUCUGACUGGGACCAAAAUCAGCUGAGGAGCUUCCACAAGCGGACAGGGAAGAAACUGCAACGUAUCCACGGCAACAUGAUCCGACCAGCAUCCGUUGUGGUGGUUCAUCCUCUCGCUAAACCAGCCGCAGUGAAGAACAGAGCGCCAUGGGCGACAACCAGCAGCCACGCUGAUGUCGACAUGAAGCUGCUCAACAGUAACUCAUUGGCGAGUUGCCCUUCGACCCAUGACUCCUACUGCCUCUAUCAGGGCGUCUGCGUCUACUUUCCGGAAAUGGAGUCUUAUGCCUGCAACUGUGCAUCAGGCUACAUGGGAGAACGCUGUCAGUUCAACGACUUGGAGUGGUGGGAGCUUCAGCAGGCUGAAGAAGUCACGAGGAGAAACGUGCUGAUCGCCGCCUGCAUGGUGGUCCUCAUCACCCUGCUCUUCAUUGUUGUAUGUGCCACCUACUGCUACAGAACAAGACGAUUUUUCCAAAAACAGCCAUCAGUGGAUAAUGUGAGUGAGACCAGUGUGACGGAUGAGAACAUGACUGAGACCAUCAACACCAGCAGACCUCAGGUGAUAACUGCAAGUCUGAAGAGGUGGGAGCAUCGUCAAAACACAACCGAAGGUACGAGUGUUCCGCGGUGUCUGCCACGGAGACGACCAAAUCCACCCACCGUCACGCAAGAGAAGUGUCAAACUGCAGGACCUCAGAACCAACACCAUCCCUCACCAAAUCACAGUCCACAAUCCCCUGAUUCCGACUUUACCAGAGACCGAUACAGCUGUACAGUCACAGCUAUGGUCAGAAGUUUACAUACACUCAUCUUGGACAUGAAUGUCACAGUAUCCAGAAGAGGAGGUGCAUCCAGUCAAGCCUCCGAUGUUGGCCAGUGGAGGCGACUGGAGCAGUAA